AUGUCCAUGGAUUCUUCCAAAACGUCUGCUAGGCUGAACUCGACCUCGUCCAGCUGCAUCUUCCCUGAUUCAGCCUUGCUUGUGUCUAGUAUCGAGUUAAGAUUCCCUGCACAAAUCACAUUGAAUUGCACAAAUCAGUGUUGAGGGUUCCACUGAUUAUCUAUCUACAAAUAAUAACAGUUGAAAGUAUGGGAAGUUCCUGCUCACCGAGCAGUAUGGAUAAGAUCAGACAUCUUCUUAUGGAGAAGUGGUAUACAAGGAGAACAGUUUCUAAAAAGAUGGGAGGCAUUAUUUUGCCACAUCAUGAAGAAAUUAAAGGAGCAGAGUUUCAAAGGAUAUGCAUUAUUUCAAGUCUCGGGCAUUCCAUGCUUACAUGCUAUUGCCUUUAUCACUAAGAUGGGUCAACCUUUGGAAAAAUAUAUUGACUCAUAUUAUUUAGAGCAGCAUAUGACAAUCUUAUCCCUGCCCUUACUGAUAAGGAUCAGUGGCUGCAAUCAAACCAUGGUUUCUUCAUGAACCCACCACUUCUAAAAUCUACUGCUGGUAGAAGAACGAACUAGAGGUUCAAGGGGUGCACUGAAGGCAGCACAAGACACAAGAAAGGGCAGCAUAGAUGUCCUAUUUGUCAAUCAUAUGGACACCAUUGGCACACAUGCAAAGAUGGUGAGCCAGAUGACAUAGCAGCCAUGCUAGCUGAAAAGGGGCCUCCCAAGAAGAAGAAGAAAAUAAAUGAAGCUGCUCAAGAAUCAACUGAGGAUAGUAUUGUACCUGCUGCUUUAAGACCCACAACUAUGUAUUUCCAUCCCAGCCAACGAUUCUCCAGCCAGCCUGAACCUGAAGCACUCUCCAUUGACUAUCCUUUGCCAAGUUCUUGUGGAACACCACAGCCUGCUCCCUCCCAGCCAAUAGAGAAGAGAAAGAGAGAAGGAAAGGCAGAAGGGAAGGCAAAAGCAAAGAAGCAAUCUAUGGUGCCAACUCCACCUGAAAGCCCUGCAAUGUGCACCAGAAGCAAAAAUCCAGAAAGCCCUGCAAUGUCUACUAGAAGCAAGAGAAAAUUUUACAUUGAAUGUUCAGCGAAUGCUCGCUCUAUUUAUUUUGCUACUUCUUUGCCAUGAGAUCUGCAUGAUAUUUUGUAUGAGAAACUAAUACUCAAUUGAGAAACUUUGUACUCAAGUGUCCCAUUUGAUUGCAUGAUAUUUUGGUAUGUAUGGUACUGGAGAAAAUCUGGUCUAUAUGGUAC